AUGCUACUCAACUCCACACACACUCAGCUCACUUCCUUUCUGUUAACCGGUGUCCCCGGGUUAGAAGAGUUCCAGGUUUGGAUCUCCAUCCCCUUCAGCUUCAUGUACCUGUUGGCCGUGCUAGGCAACGGGCUAGUCAUGGCAACUGUAGCCUGGGAUCGCCGCCUCCAUGAACCCAUGUACCUCUUCCUGGCCAUGCUGGCACUCAAUGAUGUCUUCCUUUGUACAGUCACCGUACCCAAAAUGCUGCUCAUUUUCUGGCAGGGCCCCUCCCCAUCCACCUUUCCUGCCUGCCUCACCCAGAUGUUUUUUGUUCAUGCUCUGUUCCUCUCGGAAUCUGCUGUCUUACUGGCCAUGGCUUUUGAUCGGUAUGCGGCCAUUUGCGUACCCCUCCAUUAUGCAACUCUGCUCACGGGCUCUGUCAUUGCCAAGGUGGGCGUGGCCCUGGUGGCUCGGAGUGUGGUUGUUGUCACCCCUGGGGUCCUCUUUAUUCUCCGGCUGGACUUCUGUCGGGGCAACGUCGUCCACCACACAUACUGUGAGAACAUGGGCAUUGCUAAGUUGGCCUGUAAUAGCAUUGCCCUCAAUAGCGUUUAUGGGCUCACUGCCGCUCUGCUCACCACCGGGCUGGACUUCGUCCUCAUCUCUGUAUCCUACUGGCUCAUCUUGAGAACAGUUUUACGGCUGCCAUCAAGGCAGGCCCGGACCAAGGCCUUUGGGACAUGUGGAGCUCAUAUAUGCAUCAUCCUGAUAUUCUAUACCCUAGCUUUCUUUUCGUUCUUUACACAUCGUUUCGGGCAUCAUGUGCCCAGACACACCCUUAUCCUCCUGGCAAACCUCUAUUUACUGGUGCCACCAACCAUGAACCCCAUUGUUUAUGGAAUAAAGACCAAAGAGAUAAGGAUGAAGGUAAUAGGACUCUUGUCACCAAACAAAAUGAUUCAAGAGUAA